CAUUACCUGGGAUGUGAAAUCUUGUCCCUUUUGUGGCAUUGACCAGAGUGUUUCUGACAGGGGGAGAGGGAACAGCAAUCUCCUUAUCAUUUCAAAGAUAAGAUUAAAUGACAAAGGAUAUAAAACCAAGAAGACUGGCAAUUGUUAAACACAGCUUACUGUCUAUAGUAGAAAGUUACUAACUAAAGAAUGAAGCAGAAAGAAUUGCCAUUUCUCUGUGUAUGCCAGCUGUGUUCAGCCACAUUACUCAAGCACUUCCUCAAGCUGUGACUGUUGCAGACUACAAACAAAUUUCAGAUCUUGUUUUUCAGAGCUGAAUUUUAAACUGCAUUCUUGGGGUGUGAAGGAGGAGGUAAAAUUGAGUCCCACUCAACCUUGUCCCAUAUUAAAACACUCCUGAUUAAAAUGCCAUAACGUUUCCCAUCUACUAUUUGUGUGCAGGCCACUUGAAAAACUCCCCCAGUGCUGUUUGCUACACUUUUUAUGGAUUUCUUGAAUGUAUUUAUUCUCUUGUAUUAACAUCAGGCAGAAAGUGACUAUGAAUACCUUCAUCUCAAGCAUUUUUGAUUCACAAGCUGGAAAGUUAAAGGGAUGCUCAUUGCAUUUAAUUCCAACCUGCCCUUGCUGUAGCUUUAUUUUUCUUCUAGGAACAACUUUCUGCUACACUUUCUCCAAUUUCUGUACAACAGAUACUUUUACCUGGAAAACCACUUUCAUACCUCCUUAUUCCACCAAAGGGUGGGAAAAAUAUUUCUGUGGUAAUGGAACUAAACCUACAAAACCAGAACAGCCAAACUUGUAAAACUCGAGGCAGUAGAAGACAUCUGUUAAAAGCACAAGCCCACAAGGAACUAAACAUAGCCUUGCUGUUGCCAUGCAUGGCUGCCUCUGUGUCACUGCCUCCCUCCUGCAGACGGUGGGGACACAGCCAGCUUUGUUUGUGGAAUCACAGCUCAGCCUCAAAUAACUGUGCAGGAAACUGUCCCUACCUCUGGGGCCUGUGAACUGAACUGCAGACCGUGUGUGUGCUUCAAGGCACCCAGAGACUGCUUCAGCUCCUUCUAAAAACCUUCAUGAAAGUUCCAUUAUCCAUGUAACAGUCCUUGAACGUGAACCAAAUGUGCAACCUCAGAAAAAUCAAUGAACAGACAGAGAGCCAAGUGUACUCUGCCAAACCAAGUGGUGCUCAGCCAAAUCUCCCGAAUGGGAAGCACUGACAGAUACACCCAGCAGCUGCAGCUACAGCCCCACCCCACUGCAGUAACUCAGCACAAGAGCUUUGCUAAACUCCAGCAGAGUCUACAAGGCAGGGGGGAAAAUCCCUUUUAAGGAAGCAUUUCACGACAGUCAAGCUGUUCAUGCCCAUUCCAUUCCCCUGGACGAAGGAAGCACAAGCUACAUACAUGGUUCUGUUCCUUUCCCUGUUCUGAGCUUCUGCACCAGUUGUUAGCCAAAAAUAAACCCCAUUCCACAACCAUAUAUGUGCAACAGCCUCCUGGGGAGUGUGAACCCCUCCAGCACUGCUGUUACUCCACCCGGCCACGACACUGCCUCUGCUGCUGGGCAAUGCACAUAACCCAGCUCAACCGGGAAUGCCUUCUACAUCUCUUCUCUUUUCUGGACAAAAACAGUAGGAAAAAUCUGGCAAAAACAUGUCACAGGUUACUAGAAGUGUUUCAGGAUCCUUUACUGUGGUCUUUGUUGAACUUUCAUUCUCCAGUGGAACUAAAGAAGGAUAAUUUUCUCCUGGGACCUGCUUUAAAACACUUAUCCAUCUGCUGGUAUUCAGAGAGAGUCAAGGUGUGUAACAUUGAGGACUGGAUGAAAAACAGUUUCCAGAAAGACUUCUGUAAGAGGCAUGAGAACACUGUCAGUGAUUUUUUACUAGACGUUUGCAACAGAUGUCCAAAUCUGCUGUCUCUGACCCUCUCUGGAUGUGGCCAUGUUACAGAUGACUGCAUUUUGCAGCUUCUCAAGAACUGCCCGAACCUGAAGAGCCUCAAGCUGGAGAACUGUGUGCAGAUCACUGACCACACCCUGGAGGCAGUGACGCUCCACGGAGCAUCGCUGCGAACGCUCCACGUGGAUUUCUGCCGCAAUGUAACACAGGCUGGGCUAGAGAGAGUCAGGGAGAAGUGUCCUUCAGUGGUGCUGAGAGCAGACAGAAGUGCUAACAUGAUCCCAGACAGCAAGCCAGGAAAAAAGCUGAUGCUUGAAAAAGCAUCAAGAAAACUGGUUCAGCUUUAAGGUGUGGGUAUUUUACCUCACUGAGGUAGCAAUGAACUGUUGCUACUUCCACAGGUUCUGGUCAAGUCCAAACAAAUUUUUGUUUUGUAAAGGGAAAAGACAUGCAUCUCCUCCUGGAUGGGCUUCAGGAAAUAACUGCUCUCUGUUGUUCCUUGAAACUGGGAAACCCUGCAUUGCUGUCACAAAAUGCCAGAUCUGCUGAAAACUGCAGUUCUGGUACCCUCGUGCUGCAGAUGCCCUCACUCAGAAGAGGCAAGCAGCAGUGUGUUUAUUGAGGCCAAAUAAUUUGAUAGAGUUCAAUAAAUUUGAUGAACUUUUAAGACAGUUUAACAGUAGAGUUUGAACAGUGCAGUAAGUUUGGCAGCAAGGUUCACUGACUGCGUGGAAGAAACACAGACAGAGUGAACUGAGGCACAAUGAGUCACACAGGGACCUGAGAACACAACACUAAGGAAGAGCCUCCCUCUGGGUCACGAGGUUCAAACUGGACCCUGCACUUUCAAAACUCCUUAUGUAAUGGCAAUAAAGCCACAGCAGAGAGAGCCUGAGUCACUGGAGGAUUUUCACAAAUUUUAGGACAAGAGUGAUUUACAAACUUCUGUUAAAGGGUUUUACCUGACAGUCAUUCCAUCCACUAAGGAGGAUAACCACUCCCUGAAACCUCUUUCUAGCAAAAGCAGAGCACUGACCACCAGUACUUCCUUGGUGAUUAACAGUGGCAGCUAAUUUACCAGGCUUUUUUAGUUAAUGAGAGAAGCGUGGAUUCAAGGCACACAAAACACAGUCUGACCCUCUGUAUGAUGUACUUACAUAAAAAAAAGAUGCACCAAAUUAUUUUUUAAAGCUGUUUUAAAAGAAGUGCAAUCUGAACAAGUGCUAAUUCAGAGAACUAACCCUCAAGAGAAGACAGUGACUAACAGCCUGUCUUUUAAUGCUAAAUAAGGAACACAGUACAGACCAGCUGCAUAUAAAUACCCAUUUCUCACUGCAAAGUCCAGAACCAGAAGCUAUUUUCAUCCCAAAGCACAAGGCUGUCCCCUUCCUGCACACUGCUCUGCUACCUGGAAGUGAAACUUUUUUUUACAUACUUUUCAUGCUGUGCCACCAUCUACAAAAUUUGACACCAAAGAGGACUUUACUGCUCUCAACAUAACUGAAUAUACUUACUUUGCCUUCUGAUCCUGGUUAACUGAUCCACAGAUAUACUUGGUACUCUCUAAUCUGGCUGAGGUAAGAAAUAAAUCAGAGCAUUUACAGCAACUUAGUCAAACAAUACUGCAAUUCUAGAGAAAUACUUGAUCAGUAUGAGCAUCUGUAAGAAACUCACCCAGAAAACCAACGAGGAAACGAAAUUAUUCCACCUUCAUUACUUAGAGAUAUUUAACAGCAUGACACUGUAAAAGUGGGAUUUCAUUAACUCCUUCCUAAAGUUCAAGUAGGGCCCUUAUGCACCACAAGGUAAGGAAGAAAACUGGAAGAAGUGCAGAUAAGGAGACACAGCAAUCCUCACCCAGCACUGACAGCUACGAAAGGACAUUGCUGAGCUGAACAAAUUUCCUGUGAUGUGGAAAUUGGGAAGCUGACACAACUUGUACCUUGGAUACACUACAACAGCUCCACACACUGCUGACAAGCCAAAACAAGGCAUGAACUUGCACAGUCACUGCAGCAAGCAAAGCCCUCCUCGUGCCACCAGCUCUCCCAGCACUCUGUGCUGACAGACAUCUCUGUAACAGGAACAGAUCAGCAAGCAGCUACAAGAUAUGAGAGCACAUUUGCAUCUGUUCACAUAUUACUUAAGCCUUUUUACCAGUUUUCUACCGGGACUUGGUGGGGGGGGGGCAGGGUACUUUGUGGGGUUUGUGGUUUGUUUUGUUUUUUAAUUUUCUUUUAUAGAGCUAAAAAGGGUCUUCAAACACUCUCCACUUGAUUUCUUUCCCUAUUUGUUUAACAAUGCUCUAACUUAUUACUUGGUUCUUCCCCUCCUUGAAUGGGGAUAUUUGUUCAUGACAUGGUAAAAUCUGAACACUAAAAAAUGCAUUGAUACAUUUUUUUCAGCAUCAAUAAUAAAUUUUCUUACUUCACAAUUCAAUCUGAAAAUAGAGUAUAGAAAAUGCCAACAUUUUACUUAGGGUAUUAUGGAAGGAUGGAAACAUGUCUACGGUUUUCUUUAGUUCCAAGCCAUUAAAGUUCCAUCAAGCACAAACCUUUAAUCAACAUCCCCUGUGAUUUUACUGUAAACUGCCUCCAAAAAGAUCUUCAUUAUCCAGAAAGCUAACAGCACAGUCCACAUAAAGCUGCCAUUUUUAGGCACAGUUCUAUUAUUUCCUGUGCUGAUUGAAACAGGUUGACAAAUCAGUGCCACUAAGACACAUCCAUGAAGUGUAGAAUGCAAUAAUGCAGGACUUAGUAUAGCUGUUUCCCCAUUUAUUUAAAUACUGUAUUUUUUACCUAUUAAACCUACACAUUUAGGCCAAGAUGUGACAAUACAUCCUCACAACACAGUGAUGGGACACCAACACCUCAGUCCAAUCUGAAACCUAACAGACAGUAAGGCAGGAAACCAAGUCUGCAUGGUGUCAGAGCUGUGAGACCCCCCCAGCUCCUGAUCCCUCUCAAAUAUUUCACUCUGCAGUGGUCUUUGAUCACAGCUAGGCUUUUGCCUUUUUCAAGAGCCCACAUACAGCCCUGAGAGAACUUCACCAGAUAAAACCCAGAUACACAAAUUUUCACAGCUUACCAAGCCCUCCCUCUGUGCAGUGCCAGCUGGCAGCAAUGCAGCAGCUCAGUCUUGGACAGCCAGGAAAUUUCCCAAUCAAUCCUUGUUAAUGUCCAACAGACACAUGAGAGAAAGUACCAGGAAUUUACCCUACACUCCACACUCAGAUGGACCAGUCUUGCCCCAGGUGAGAAUGACUCUAAUAAUAAUUUUCACCAGCCCUCAGUUCCCACAGCAUCUUCCCAAGGAGUUGAGGGAGGAGGAAAUGGAGCAGAGGGGAAAGGGGAGCAGAGCAGCUCUGACUCACCCAGGGACAGCCUCUCCCCUUCUCCCUCCCCAGGUACCCCCUGCUCUGAACACCAAGCAGUGUUUGCAGCUUGACAUCAGCGAUGCCUUUCACAGACACAACGGGCAAUUACCAAUUGUCCAGCACUUCCCUAGGGCUCAGAGCAGAGAUCUGCAUGUGCAGAACUGCUGUCCUGACCAAACAGCAACAUCCAUCACUGUGUCAGUCAAACCAUGCUGAUCACAACAGCUACAGCUGAGACAAAAUGAGACCAAAGCCAGAACUAAAAAUGUGAAUGAAACCCACAACCUUGACUACUACCCUGUCCCUUCCAUUUUAAUUUUUGUGUACCCUGAGCAGGAAUCAACUACAUCAAUGUGUCCAUUAAAAAUAUUACUAUUUUGCUCAAAAUAUUUAAAAUUUUCUGAAUCAGGGUGACAGCAUGCUGCUAUUGCCAACAAUUACUAUGGAGGAGCAAAAUGUUUAAACAAAAAGCAAGAAGGAAGCAAGCCCAGCAUGAACUUGUAUUGAAUGAGCAGCACUGCCCCCAAGCAGCCAGGCCCCAGGCCAGGAGAAGGCAGAGCAUGGGGCUGCACAGCACAGACCAGCAGGCUAAAUAGUUUAAGAGGCU